AUGUCGUGCUCCCAGGUUUCCAAUGCCUCUUGGCUGUUUGCUUGGUCUCACUUUUUCCUCCUGUUAGCAGUGGCCUUAAGGCUUAUGCACUGUGCUCUCUCUCCCAGCUUUGGGGCCAACUCCUGGAUCCCCAGCCAGCAGACAGCUCAGUCUGCCUCUCCCUGCAGCCUGCAGAUGCGCUCAGUUCCUCUGGCCUUUAGGAACCAGGAAGCUGGACUUGCCUUCCCAGCCUGGUGUCUGGGACUCUGCGGGGUACAUGGGCCUCUUUCUGGAGGGACUGUGGGCUGGCUGCAGGGCCAUCCCCAGUGUCUGGACUACGGGCCCCCCUUCCGGCCGCACCUGCCCCUGGAGUUUUGCUCUGACUACAAGUCCUUUGGCUGUUGUGAUCAGCGGCGUGACCAGCGCUUGGCGGCUCGUUUCAGGGCCAUCCUGGGCACCUUGGACCCUGGGGACCACCAGCUGUGUGGCAGCUACAUUAAGAACAUCCUCUGCCAGGUAGCCUAUGGGAAAGCAGGGGGGCCCCUACCACGACCCUCAAGGUUUGGUUCUGGAACAUUUUGCUUUGCUGCACUCCCAGCCUUGACCCACACCCACGACGCUCGCAUUCCCUUCCAGGAGUGCUCGCCCUAUGCCGCCCACCUCUACGAUGCGGAGAACCCCCAGACCCCACUCCGCAGCCUGCCCGGCCUGUGCCCCGACUAUUGCACGACUUUCCUCUCCACAUGCCGCUCUGCCCUGGCCCUGCUAACCAGUGACCGGCGCCUGCAGCAAGCCCUGGCCACAGUCGGGGCCCACCCCUGCCACCUCCUCGCCCUUCCAGAUCCGGACUACUGUUUUCCCAGUGUCCUGAGGCGCGGCCAGCCUGGCGGCCAGCUGGGGGCGGUGGCCCAGGCCCCCGACGGCUGCCUGCAGCUGUGCGUGGCUGAGGUGGCCAAUGGGCUGCGGAACCCCGUGAGCAUGGUGCCCGCGGGCGAUGCCACCCACCGCCUCUUCGUGGCCGAGCAGCGCGGGGUGGUAUGGGUGUUUCUGCCCGACGGCAGCCGUCUACACCAGCCCUUCCUGGACCUCCGUAGCGCUGUGCUGACCACGCCGUGGGCCGGGGAUGAGCGUGGCUUCCUGGGCCUCGUUUUCCACCCUCGCUUCCACCGCAACCAGAAGUUCUACAUCUAUUACUCGUGCCGGGGCCCUAAGCAGGUGGAAAAGAUCCGCAUCAGUGAGAUGAAGGUCUCUCGGGCCGACUCCAAUCGAGCGGACCCCAGAUCAGAGAGGGUCCUCCUGGAGAUAGAAGAACCAGCCUCCAACCACAAUGGUGGGCAGUUGCUUUUUGGCCCAGAUGGCUAUAUGUAUAUUUUCACCGGUGACGGCGGGCAGGCCGGGGAUCCCUUCGGCAAGUUUGGAAAUGCUCAGAACAAAAGUUCCCUGUUGGGGAAAGUGCUACGGAUUGAUGUGGAUGGGAGCUCAAAAGGCCAACGCUACCGCAUCCCCCCGGAUAAUCCCUUCAUCUCGGAGCCCGGGGCGCAUCCUGCCGUCUAUGCCUAUGGCGUCCGGAACAUGUGGCGUUGUGCCAUGGACCGUGGGGACCCCGUCACACACCAAGGCCGAGGUCGCAUCUUCUGCGGGGACGUGGGACAGAACCGGUUUGAGGAGGUGGACAUCAUUGUGAAAGGCGGCAACUAUGGCUGGCGAGCCCGGGAAGGCUUUCGGUGCUAUGAUAAGACGCUUUGUCGCAACACUUCUUUGAAUGAUAUCCUGCCAAUCUAUGCUUAUGGCCACUCCGUGGGCAAGUCAGUCACUGGAGGCUAUGUCUAUCGUGGGUGUGAAUCCCCCAAUCUCAAUGGCCUCUACAUUUUUGGGGACUUCAUGAGUGGUCGACUUAUGGCUUUACAGGAAGAUAAUAAAAACAAGAAAUGGAAGAAGAAGGACAUUUGCCUAGGCAGCCCAGAGGCCUGUGCUUUCCCAGGACUGGCCAGCACCUACAGCAAGUUUAUCAUCUCCUUUGCUGAGGACGAAGCAGGGGAGCUCUACUUCCUCGCCACCUCCUACCCCAGUGCCUAUGCACCCCGUGGAUCUAUUUACAAAUUUGUUGACCCGUCAAGACGAGCACCACCAGGGAAGUGCAAGUACAAGCCAGUGCGGGUGAAAACCAAGAGCAAGCAAAUCCCUUUCAGGCCUCUUGCCAAGACGGUCCUGGCCUUGCUGAAGGAGCAGUCGGAGAAAGCUGUUGAGAAACAGACCAACACCUCUCUGAAUUCAGCUCUGGAGGUCAGCACCAGGAGCAGAAAAAUGUUUCCAGAGGCACGAACACGAGGCCGAUACAGAGUGUGGUCCCCAGGGCCCCAGAGCCAGAGGAAGAAGAGCCAGAAAACCCGCCAUGGGGAGCUGAGGGGGUCAGUCCAGCUGGGCCCUGCUUUCGGGGUUGCCCCAGACCCAGAGACCAGGCAGGGGACCUGUGAGCAGAGAACCAGUUUGCUGUGA